AUGGGAUCCAGCAGUUACAGCCUCUCAGCCGUCCGCCCUGUCAGGGACUGGAGGACUCCCACCUACGCCACCGUAGACCUCUACCUCUACGUCAUCAUAGAUGUGGAUGAGAAGUUCCAGAGCUUCACGACUGGAGUGAGCCUGUCUGCAUCCUGGACAAAUGAACUCCUCCGCUGGGACCCACUGGACUUCUGUGGCAUCCAACAGUUCAACGUCCCCAGAGAAUACGUGUGGAGACCACACUUUACCAUCAUGGAGAGCAUUGAGACGAAGCAGAGCGGGGCAGAGCAAGCCUCCCAGGUUCUACUGAGGGCAGCUGUGCUCAUUGAGACGAAGCAGAGCGGGGCAGAGCAAGCCUCCCAGGUUCUACUGAGGGCAGGCGGCAUGGUCUUCUAUGGAGACACUUACAAGAUCACCAGCACCUGCAACAUGGACCUGCACAAGUUCCCCUUCGACACACAGAGAUGCAAACUCACACUGUUGGCCCUCCUCACCACAAUUGACCAGGUGCGUCUGUUCCUGCCCUCCAACUCCUCGGAUGUGACGACGGGGUCCCUCACCGUGUUCCAGAAGCAGGGCGAGUGGGACCUCAUCAGCGUCCACGUCUCCAAGGACAACCUCACCAUUGGCCCCCGGGAAGUGUUGGAUCAGCUGGUGUAUACGAUCACCAUCACCAGGAAGCCCCAGCUGUACAUUAUUAACUUCCUGGUUCCUGUCUUGGUCUUCCUGGUUCUGGACCUAAUGUCCUUCUUCAUGAAUGAGUCCAGAGGGGAGAAGUUGGGCUUCAAGGUCACCAUCCUACUGGCCAUCUCUGUGCUGCUGCUAAUCCUCCACGAUAUCCUGCCCUCCACAGACAAGAAAACACCUGUUAUAGGAAUAUUUUGCACUGGGGUCUUCUCGUUUGUUGGCUGCAGCAUCGUUGAGACGAUCACGGUCAGUUUCCUGAUGCGUAUGGCCUCCAAGUGUGAUGCGAAGGCUCUUACAUCGAGAACCCCAGAGAAGAUGAAUGGGGAAGGGACAGCUCAGCCAGCUGACAGCACAGAAGUGGAGCAUCAUCUGGAGAGGAAGGAGGACGAUUCAUCUGUGCUGCACCUCAUCCUGGCUGAGCUGCAGGUGUUGCGAACACACAUGUCCUCCGAUCACCCAAAGCAUCAUGGGAAGAGCUGCCUGUACCUGAAGACAGCAGCCAAGUGGAUCAACGCUGUUUACUUCAUUCUGUAUCUCUGUGCUGCCACUGUUUUUCUAGCUUUGAUCGGCAAAGAGUGGUUUAACUAG